AUUCAUCUUUCAAAAACACAAAACAUGCAUAAUCCUUAGCUUUUCCAAAACCUUAUACUCGUUUUAUUUACAGUUUGUAUGAUCAGUAACGCAGAAGGAAUCACGCAGAUCACAAGAACAAACAUAAACACUCCUUAGUUUUCCGAUCGAGAUGACAUCUUCUCCGGCGAGUGGGAACGCUCUGGUUGUGGGCCUUAGCAAGGCUUUGCUGGUUUCCGGCGUGGUGUUCUUCUUGGGGAUUGUUUUGAUCCCCAACGCCCGUAAUUGCCCCUCCGAUUUGGCCCACGUCGGAGAAUCCGAGGCCGGUGUCGCCGCCGCUGAGGCGGCGUCGACCAAUAUGAGCCACCUGAUAUUCGGGAUUGUGGGGUCGGAAGGCGCGUGGCACAACCGGAAAGCUUACGUGGAGUCAUGGUGGCGGCCGAACGUGACGCGCGGGCACAUUUUACUGGACAAGGAGCCGACGGGGGACCUCCUGCCGUGGUCGCCGCAGUCGCCGCCGUACAAGAUAUCGUACAACAUAACGGAAGUGGUAAACAAGACGAAGCACGUGGACGCCAGGGUGGCGCGUAUGGUGCACGGGAUCAGCGAGAUCGUGAGGGAGGCCGGCGAGGGCGUCCGGUGGGUGGUUAUGGGCGACGACGACUCCAUUUUCAUGGUGGAUAACAUUGUGGACCUCGUAGCGCAGUACGAUCACACCAAAUUCUUCUACAUCGGCGGCCACUCGGAGUUUGUUCUGUCAAACUUUUGGUUCUCUUUUAAUCAGGCGUUCGGCGGCGCCGGGAUCAUUUUGAGUUAUCCUCUGGCGAAAGCUCUGUCGGACGACAUCAUGGGUUGCCUGAAAAGAUACUCGCGAUUCACCAGCGCCGACAAGACUACAAUGUCUUGCGUUUCCGACCUGGGAGUCAACAUUUCUCCUCAUUCAGGUUUUCAUCAGAUGGACAUGCGUGGUGACGUGUCAGGGUUUCUGUCGUACCACCCAAACGUGCCGUUAAUGUCGCUCCACCACUUCGACAUGGCGGAUCCGAUUUUUCCGUUCACGGACAGGGCGGAGUCGGCGCGGCGGCUAAUGAAGCCGGCGGAGUUGGACCAGACGAGGAUUCUGCAGCAGGCGAUAUGUUACGAGCGGCGGUUGCGGUGGUCGUUCUCCGUCUCGUGGGGAUACUCCGCGCAGAUCUACGAGCGGAUAAUGCCGCGGAGCCACCUGCAGAAUCCGAUCGAGACGUUCGUGAAGUGGAGGGAGAGCAGCGCGCCGCCGUUCUGGAUGUUCGACGUGCGGCGGCGCUCCGGCGACCCCUGCGAGGCGCCGCAUUUCUUCUUCUUCAAGACGGUGAAGAAGCUGGCGCCGCCGCGGGACGAGAUCGUGACGACGUAUCACCGGUCGUGGAAACGGGGGAUGGGGCCGUGUUCGGUCGGAGGGAACCGCUCCGCCGACCAGAUUUCUAAGAUUCAGGUCUUCUCUCCGGCGGAAAGGCGGUUGCGGAAUGAUAGAAGUGAAUGCUGUAGCAUCGAACAAGUGAGCAAAACCCGUGCGACGAUAAAGUUAAGGAGUUGCAAGAUAGACGAGGUGAUUGCUUGAGGAACAAAGGAUAUAUAUAUAUACACGUACUAUAAGUUUGCUUAUAUCUUUUAUACUCUUAACAUUAAGUACAAAUUUAGGACUUUUGUGCUUCACUAGUGUACUACAAUUAAGGGGAAAGUGUUCUUUUGUUCCUAUUGUUUUGAGAGUUUUACACUUUUACUAUGGUGCCUAAUGUAAAGUAUAAUCAUGUAUACAUUGUAUGUAUAUCAAGUUAUACCAUUAACACCAGUAUUGAUAGUACCCGAGUAAUAAUUAAAAGAAAAUAGUAUGUAUAAUUGUACUCUGGUACUAUCUACACUUUUAAUUAGUAUGUAUAAUUGUACUCUGGUACUAUCUACACUUGUGCCGAUAGACAUCAACACUAUAGAAAAUCACUUUAUUUUGAAUACUCAUGUUUAAUAAGGUAUAGUAGGAUAAGGUAAAUACUAACAAUAACAUUCCAAACUAUAUCUCUCGACUAU